UGAGAACUUCUGUCAUGUUCUCUUGCCCAUCUGCCAUCAGCAACACUGGUUUUUACUUGUGGCAUCCAUGAUCACUGGAGAGGUCACCAUACUUGAUUCUGUUCCAAGUGAAUCCAGAGCAAGAACAUUUUUCCUUCAUUGGAUGAAAUUCAUGGAUGCUCGACUUUCCCUCUUGGACAACAAGAACCCCAUCAAGUGGACCAGAGGUCAGACACAAUCUUCUGUGCCAGAAGAUGGAAGCUCUUGUGGUGUAUUUGUACUGAUGAAUGCAGAAGCUGUGACAAAGAAUGUUCCACCACGGCUGAUGAGGCAGUGCCAUGUGCAUACGUACAGACAACAUGAACUUCAGCGUCUGAUUUCUUCAUCAACAACUCUCGAAGUGAAGAUGAAAAGAUGUGACCUGCCCUUUUGUUCCAACCCUGUCAAAUCUGAAAGGAAGCACCAGAGGAGCCAGUGCCCUUCAUGUGAAAAAUGGAGUCAUAAAUUUUGUCUGGGCCUGGAUGAGGAUCAGUUAGUAAACACAUGCAUGUUCUGUUGCUAAAACGAAUGUUGUUAUUGUUAAGAAAUCAAGUGUGAUAUACAGAUAUGGACUAAUAUAUGAUGUAAUGAGAUUAAUUCUUGCGAUCAAUUAUGUCCUGUGAUGAGAUUGUCUAUGCAUGAAUGAGGACCAGUUGGAAAUGACACCAACAUUAAAUUGCUGAUGACUUUCAGUAUUAUGCAACAAAUGUUGUCAUAAAAACUACAUUUAUUAUGACACUCCUGAUGAUGAAUUCAGUUGGAAAGUGCAGGUUUAACAAGGGUAAACGUGACUAUGAAAUGUGAAACUAACACAUACAUUUACUAUUGUUCACUAAAACAUUCUUUAUACAUAUCAAAUAUUUAAUCAAGUACUGAUACA